AUGCUGCUUUCCAUGGUCUUUUAUGAUCGUGAAUUUAGUCAGUCAUUAAAGGUGAUUGAUGAUGUGCUGGAGAUUAUUAAACUAUAUCGUCAUCGAUUUCCAAAAUGGAUUCUGGAUCUGCUUCACGAGUACAUGACACUGUCAAAACUACAGAUUCAGACGGAGCUAGAGGACAUCAAGACGGCACCCAAAAGCUGCGAGAAAGGAGCUCAUAUGGAUAAACGAUCUCGUGGAGUGGGCAAUUUGCAGGCCAAUUGGAGGAUGCGAUACGUUCAAUUAACGGAAAAAGAGAUUGUGUACCUCAAACACGAGAGCGGAAAAGUCGAAAAGUCGAUAAAUCCGUUCCAUGACAAGACGGGAAAGAAGAACAAAAAGGGAAGUCUUGCUUUGGCAAGAGGGAUGCAAAUUGAACCGUUAGAUUAUCGAGGCAAAUUUUCACUCCGUCCGUGGUGUGUAAAGAUUUGUGAUGCGGCUGGAUCGGAAGAGUUGAUCCUCGAUGUCUUUACGCCCGAGAUGCAACGACAGUGGAUGGCUGCAAUCACUGCGAAUGUGAAGCGUCUUGAGCUCGAUCCACGUUGGCUAGCGUUUCCACGGAAAAGUGUGCAUCGCAUGACCGUUAGUGAAUUCCUGCGUUAUUCAAUGCUUUACCACGGCGACAUCAAGAAAUUACACACGCGCAACAGCUCGUGUCAGCCAGGGCUUCUCCGUACACAGUUCAAUAUCGACCCAAAGCGCUAUCUCUUCUCAGCCCUCCUGACCUGUGCAUUAGUACGUGAUUGGAAGACAAUGGAGGCGCUUGUGCAGCCGCAAAGUGCCAAAUCAGCAAUCAUCUCCUUGUUCCCGAGCGGAAACACUGGCAAAUUAUCAUCUUCCACGGCUCCGGUAUCGUCAACAGAGUGGAGCUCAGUGCCCACUCCUGCUCCAUCUCGCUAUUCAGCCUGGUCGAACAGUUCCGACUCGGCGCCAUUAUCUAAUAAUCGGCCGUCUGGUUCCUCAAAUGUCGCUACUCCUCCUCUGACUCCUACAGUCAAUACCGUGGUUCAAGGAAUGGUCGACGCUAGUGCCAUUGGCUACGGAGCUAUCCUGGACAUUGCUGAACAGCGGAAUGCCCCACCAAACCUAUUGAUGCUAUUAGAACUAUUGCACGAAAAGAACGAUUCCAAGCGCGGAAAUUCAGCUGGCUGGACCUGCCGCCGAGACGUGGAUGCCAACGACGCUGUGUCCAUGAAAAUUACCAUUGACAUCCCGGAGAGCGUCCGUGUAAACACAAAUUGGGAGUGA